AUGGAGCUUCAGGCUUUCCAGGGGCAGCUCGGGACUGAGGAGGAGGGUGGGAUGUCAAAUCUGCUGGUGCCCAGUCCACAGAGCGAGGCGGUGACCCACGAGAUGGAGGAGCUGUCCCUGCAGCCCACUCAGAGUCUGCCGCCGCUCAGCGAACGCAAAAAUGUGCUGCAGUUGAGGCUUCAGCAGAGGCGAACCCGGGAGCAGCUGGUUGAUCAGGGCAUCAUGCCACCUCUGAAGAGUCCGGCAGCUUUCCACGGGCAGAUUCGCAGUUUGGAAAGAGCCAGGACCGAGAAUUUCCUCAAACACAAGAUCCGCAGUCGUCCAGAACGAGCAGAGUUAGUCAGGAUGCACAUCCUGCAAGAGACCGGAGCAGAGCCUUCACUGCAGGCCACACAGAUGAAGCUGAAACGGGCCCGGCUGGCCGACAACCUGAACGAGAAAAUCGCCCAGCGACCGGGCCCCAUGGAGCUUGUGGAGAAGAACAUCCUGCCGGUUGAUUCCAGCAUCAAACAGGCGAUCAUAGAUCAGGUGAAUUAUGCCAAGGUUUUGGAUGAAGACAGCAACGAUGCUCUGUCCCCGGAGCAGCCGGCAAGCCAGGAGUCUCAGAGCUCUGUCCCCUCGCCAGGGGACAGCAAAGUCCCAGAGACGCCUUCUCCGGUUCAGGCACCAGCACCACUCCCGGGCAGCAUGAUGCAGCAGGCCUUCCAAACGCCAGACUUCUCAAAAGCAAUUAUGAAUACGGAGCAGCCCAUCACCCGGAUAACGUUGCCUCCUGCUCAACCACCCAAACCAGGCCCGACUCUGGUGAAACAAAGCCAGCAGAAAGCUCCCUCAGAGAAGAGCCGGAGCAAGAAGGGCAAAGAGCCAAAGUCGAGGGUGAAAAAGCUCAAGUACCACCAGUACGUUCCUCCUGACCAGAAGCAGGAGGCCAGCGAAGCGCCCAUGGACUCCUCAUACGCCCGACUCCUGCAGCAGCAGCAGCUGUUCCUGCAGCUGCAGAUCAUCAGCCAGCAGCAGCACUACAACUACCAGACCAUCCUACCAGCACCACUCAAGCCUGUGGCAGAGGCUCAGGGUGGUGCUGCCAAUACACUGCCGACCUCCAUAGUGGUUUCUCUGCCCACUGCACCGCCACCUCCUCCUCCACCUCCCGCUCCAACUCGGGCAAACAACUCUCUGUCCACUCGCAAGCCAGGUGUCUUGCCAACCAAUCUGGAGGAGAUGAAGGUGGCUGAGCUCAAAUUGGAGCUAAAGUUACGAGGCCUCCCAGUGUCAGGAACCAAAACAGAUCUGAUAGAAAGACUGAAGCCUUUCCAUGACAACCCCAGCAGCACCACUACAUCCACCAUUCCUGCUCCCGCCACUACAUCCCUCGCAUCCGUCCCCAUGGAGGUCGCCACAGCGACCACACCUGCUGUAGUCCUUCCAUCCCAGCAGGUGGCUCUAGAGAGCAUGACCCCCACACCCCCGGUUUCGCCAUCUCCCGCUGAUCCUUCGACCCACCAGCAGGAUGUCAGCAUGUCUGACGCUCCAGUUGAGAUUCCGAUCAGGAGCUUUGGCUCGACCGGAAUGCAGCCCUCACCUCUGCCAACUUUCCAAGUCCCCGAGGAAAAGGACAGGCGGCUCCACGAGAAGGAGCGGCAGAUAGAGGAGCUGAUGAGAAAGCUGGAGCAGGAGCAGAGGUUGGUGGAAGAGCUGAAGAUGCAGCUCGAGGUGGAGAAGAGAGGUCAAGGAGGCUGUACCCCCGACUCUACCUCUGCAUCUCCCACACUCUCCUCUGUAACUGCUGUCAACAACGUCCAGACUCUCCUCAACUCAAAUGUUGUAAAGAUGGAGGGCACGGUCCAAUCAAACUGUGCAUCCAUCACAGCCGCCAUCCCAACAGUGGUAAAGCUGGAGGAUGUGACUGUGUCCUCAAGCAAGCCGCUGAAUCUCCAGACCCAAACGGGGCUCAUUACCCAGAUCAAGCCUCAAGUAACCACCAGCCCACAGCUCCAUAAGAGUCCCCAAUUCCAGGCCCAGCCGCAGCCCGCCGCUCCCAAUCUGCAGCAGUUUUUCAUCAGCCACUCCGGCGGGGUGUCCCAGGUGCUGGGUCAGCCUCAGACUCUGCUGACCACAACUGGCCAGGCAGGAGCUCAGAUCAUCCUCCCGGUGUCACUACCAAACAACGCCGCAGCGAUUCAGCUGCCAAGCACCACCGUCAGCCUGCAGCCGGUUCUCCAGACAACAGCCUCAAAUCCUGGUCUGGUGUACUCUUCAGCUCCUCAGCUGCAGAACACCAAAAUGGAUAUGGCACCCAGCCAGCAGCCACUAAUACAAACUCUGACAAUGUGCAAUAACUCUACUGGCUUGGAGAACCAGACGAUGGCCGAGUUGAGUCCCCAGUGUUUCCUGAGAAGCUCCCCAGAGACCAGAGUGUCUCCACGGGCUUCACCCAACCAUCAGAUCUCCAACGGACCCCUCAGUAAGGCAUCCUCGCCACAACCUGCCUUCAUCCUCCAGCCCACUGCCCUGGCUGCUCAGCCUCCUAAGACAAAGGAGCCCCCUCGCUAUGAAGACGCCAUCAAACAAAGCCGCAACCUGCACAUUAACAAUGCGCCACAGGAUCCCACGGCAACAAGCCAGCACAUGGAUGACUUGUUUGACAUCCUCAUAGAGAGUGGAGAAAUAACUCCAUUUAUUGAACAAGACUCUCCAGCCUCCAUGUCCAAGACCCUUCAAGUCACAGCCAAUGUCACCACCUUGCAAGUCAACACCGCCCAGUCCAGACCCCCCCCACAGAUCCAGGAGGCCCCCCCUCCCACCAUGAGCUCGAUCAUGAGCCCCGGCCUGCACAGCCUCUCCUCUCUGGCCACAGACAAUCAGCUGGAAGCCUUCUUGGAACGGACGCUGGCCGACACCCCAUCAGCAUCUGACCCUCGCACUCGGGGCCUGAUGGAGGAGCUGCAGGCUCAGCUAAUGGACCAGCAGCCUUAUUCCCCCAUGGACACAUCCGAGCUGUCUUUCUGUGACUCCUCCUCACCCCCGUCCUCACUCAACAUGGGCCUGUCAGACCCGGCUCUGGACAACAUGGAGUGGGUGGACCUGACCAUGCCUCCAGGUCCCGUGGGGGUGCUGGGUAUCCCGGCGGACUUCCUGGAUACGCACGACCUGCAGCUGCACUGGGACUGA